AGUCAGUUGACGAUGUAAACAAAAGUAGCGUACAUACUGAAACAAGCUCAUUUGAGCGUUUAGCAUUGGCUAGCUAUGUUAAUGACACCUAAUUUGCGUGUCUGCUCCAUCUGACUGAACCGAGCAGUGUGUCUGUGGACAGUUAGCACCGUCGGUGCUGCCUCACAGGUUGCUAGGUUAGUCAGUUUAGCUGUUAGCUAGCUUCAGUGUCCACAGAGUCACUACACCACUGUGAGGGAGUUAUUACCAAGAUGGAGGCCAACCUGGGAUCCCUGCAAAAUCCAUAUCUAAGCUCUGUCCUGUCUUCGUGUGAGCCAGAGCUGCAGGAGCUGAUGCGACAGAUCGACAUCAUGAUCAACCAGCAGAGGAAGGGUUGGGAGGCUGAGAUCCAGGCCAUGAGGCUCCGGCUGGAGGGGGGAGAGGACGAGCUGCUGACUUCCAGGAACCUUAUAAAACGGAGGGACCUGGAGAUCGGACUGCUCCACAAGCAGCUGGAAGAUGUCCAGACUGAUCGACAAGAGUUAGAUGCCAAGUACGAACAACAACUACAGAAAGUUCGUGAAGAGUUGGAUAAAUUAAAGAGAAGUUACCAAAAGCUCCAGCGCAAACAUGUAAAGGAAACCAGUGGAGGAGUGAAAGAGAAGAACCUUUCAGAGGUGACUAAACUGCAUGAAAGGAUUGAGGAAUAUCAUCAGCGCGCCGCAGAGUGGGAGCAGCAACACGUCCAAUCCCAGAAACAGCUGACGGCACUGGAGGCCCACAAUCGGAGAUUGACUGAUGAGCUCACGCAUGGGAAGACUCAGUGGGCAUCAUGGCAGACGGAGAAAGACCACAGGGAGUGUGUGGUGGUGAAGAAUCUGCGUACUCAGCUGGAGAAGACCCAGAGCAGCCUGCACUCACAAGAGCUUGAACUGGAGCGACUCCGGCCACUCGAGCUGUGGCUGGAACAGAACCAGAGAGAGCAGCAGGGGUUUUCAGGGGAACAGGAGCCGCUUCAUGCCCAACUGGACUCCCAGGAUACAUAUGUGCAAAGAGCCAGUUUUGAACAGCAAAGGCUUCGUAAUGAAGCUGCCAGACUCAACCAACUGCUGCAGGCUAAAGAUCAAGUCAUUCGCUCUCUGGAGGACUGCUUAACAGCUCAGGGCUGUGCCAGUGUGGAAACCCUAAGACGAGAUCUGGAGAGGACUGCAACCAAACUUCACUGUGCUCAGGCCUGUGAGGUUCAUCUCAAGGCUGAACUGGCCUGUCUCAAAGAGAGACUGGAUAAAGUGAAUCGACUGAGAGAACAAGACCUGAGAAGCAUAAAAACUGAAUAUGACUCUUCAGUUACUGAGCAGAAAAAGCUGAGAGAAGAGCUUCAGAUGACCAAGCAGACCCACAGUGGUGAGUUGGACGGGAUGAGGAAGGAGGUGUCCAAGCUGACCGGCGCGCUGCAUCAGCGCAGCCUCACCAUCGCCUCACUGAGCGGCUCCGCGGCCGACAUCAAGCAGCAGCUCUGUGGCGAGGUGAAGCGAGCACAGCAGAAGGCAGCUGAGCUCAAAAUGACUCAGACACAGCUGGAGACUUUACAAACUGAGAACCACCAUCUGAAGGAUCUGCUGCACAGACUGGAUUCUCAGUCACCAAAGAGGGGGGACUCCAUGCUUGCAUCACUGAAGGAGAGUUACAUUUCCUCGCUGAGCAGCCUGGAGCAAGAGAAUCAAAAGCUCAGGCAGGCACUCAGUGAGUUGCGAGCCCAAGUCGGGGUGUCCAUCAAGGACAAUUCUGAAAGUCCCCUGCUCAGCCAUGUUGUAAGCGACCGAACACGGCCCGCUCAGGACAAGACUGAAGAUACCAGACAUCACAAACACCAAGAGGAGGCUAAUCCGCAGGAGAGCAACAGUCGCCAUGAAGGAGAGAUCCAGAGGCUCUUUGGAGAGCUGCACACGCUUUCGAAGUCACACACAGACCAGCCCUGCAGCCAGGCCCAAGACGAUAGGCCACAGUCAUCCGCUUCUUCUUCUUCCUCCUCCAGCAGCAGAAGAUUGAUCAGGAUAAACGUGGUGCCAAUGUUAAGUUCAAAUGAAUCUGCUGAGCAACAGAGCUCCAGCUCCGAAGACUCGCUGAACUUUGUGUCCGAGAAGAAAGUCCCUCCUGCUACCUCUCCAGUGGAACCUUCUUCAGCCUCACCUGCGGACAGCAUGGUCACUCAUUUCCUGGAAGAGGAAAUGUUACUGACCAAUGAGCUGUUCCAGAGACUGGACACUCACAUCCAGGGGAUGAGAGAGAACAACAUCAAAACAGCCUCCAAGUACCUGCCCACUGUCUCAGAGCCUGAAUCCCCCCACACAUCUGUACAGAGUGGUCAGUGAGUGAUAAAACGGACCUAGAUGAACAGUUGUGAAUAACUCUUGUCAGGCGUUUUUAUAUAUGUCUCAAAGAAUUAAACUUUAGAGAGAUCUGUAUUUUUUUUUCAUGUAUUUGUACAUAUAAACUCAGCAUGGCAGCUUGGAGCUGUGACUUCAUUUAAGUGUUUUUUAAGAUGGUGGUUAGACCUGGAUCACAUAGACCCUGUUCAGACCUGGUAUUAACAGCCGUCCUGAGUGAUCCAAUCAUGGUCAGACCUAAGUUGAGGUCUAAACACACCCAACUGAGUCCUGAGAUCCAAUCACCAUUGGGUGGUGCUCUGGGACGCUUUGAGAACAUCCAAGCAUCCUGGAUGGACCAACAACUCAGCUGACGUCCCUAGACCCACUACUGUUUAACCUGAUUUUUACUCUUCUCACUGUCCAUUAGCACUGACCAUCCCAUAAUGGCAGAUACUUAACUUUGACUGGUAAAAUGUAUCUUCAUAACUGCCUGAGAUUCAUUCAUUCAGCUCCUCCUGACUCCGUAUUCUCUCUCUCUUUAUCUCUCUCGGUCUCGCUUGUGCCAACACAGACAGACAUAUACACACAUACACAAACGGACAUGAUUAUAUGCAUAUAAAGCGAGGAAGUAAGAUUUGUUCACUAGUGGUCACAGGAGACGCAUUCAGGACGUUAUACCAGGUGUGAACACACAUUUAACGUUGUCCUCUUGUGAUCAGACCUCUCAGGAUCUCUAAAUACCAGGUCUGAACGAGGCCAGCAUUCCAAAUGUCACAUUUAUUGCAAUGUGUUUGUAUUGAGUUGCUGAUCAGCUCAGAUUUUCCAAUGGCUAUUUAUUUAUCCUAUAACCAAUCACACCACUUUAUACAAUCUGUUGAAACAGUCUUGACAGGAACAUGGACCAUGUAAAUAUGAGCAUUUGUUUCUAUGAGUAACAAUUAAAUAAUAACUUUCAUCAAAAUACUCUUCUACUCAAUUGAUCAAAUAGCUUUGAAAAGUAAAAGAAGAAAGUAAAACUGAACUAAAUCAGUCUUACAAUCAAGGUCUCUUUUUCCGCUUUUGUGGUCCCGUACACAAACUGUAGAUCUUCGAUUUGUUCAGAUGUUACUAUGAAUUGAUCCAAAUUGUAUGCCAGUUGAUUCAGUAAACACACAUCUGCAGUGGUUCAUCAAAUGUAUCUGUAAACACAGUAACGAUGCCAGAUGAGUUUGUUCUCAAGAUGUUUCAUGUUAUGUUGCAUUUCAUUCCAGCUUGUAUGAGCACUGAUGAAUGAAUUUUGCCAUUAGGAAAAAAAAUGAGAAUAUGCCUGAUAUCUGUCUCGGGGGUCAAAGCAUGCUUCACAUUCUUCUGGACUGUUUUUAAAAGAUUAGACUGGCCUAAAGAAGUUGCUGACCAUUCCUGACGUCUUCUGCCAUAUUUGUGAGACUUCACAUAGCUGACAUCUGGUUGCUGAAUUCCAUCUGAGCCACUUGUCGGACUUCUCACAUUAAGCUGCGUUCCUGUGCACUUUCUCCCCGUAGGAGGCUGCAUAUUCCAAUUUUUCACUUGGCCUAAAAUACAGCAUUGGUAUAUGUUUUGCAAGAAUGUAGCUGUGAGGCUGAGGAGCGCCUGUCCUCCCUGCACGUCUGUCAUAACUGGGAAAAUGCCACAUAUGCACAUGUCUGUCCAGACAGCAGGGAAGGAGAGCAGGCCUCUCAUACUGUAGCUCUCCUUAUUUUCUUGUUUACUCACCUCCCAGCCCCCCUCCCCCACCCCCUCCACCCGCACCAGCAGCCAGAGGCCCUGCAGCUAGUCUAAUGCAGGAAUGUGUGCACCAUGCCAAUGCUGUCAUGAACCUUCCCCUGCGGCCUGCUUUGUCCUCAUCACUAGACACUGUAUGGAAUGUUAAUAUCAACCAUGUGGGGCGAUGAACCUCAGAGACACUGAAAGGCCUCAGGGGGCGGGGGGGAAUCAUUAUAUUUUAUUGCUUUUUUAAUGAAGGACACACUGAUAGAAUGGAAAUAAAGUGCAAAACAGUUCUAAAAAAAAAUUGUUUUUCAUUUUUGCCCUUAUACUAUUACAAUAACAGAGCAGAAAUAACGUCCUGCUGUCUCCGUGUCCAGUGACUUCUCACUCAGGUAUUUGGUAGCCUGCGCUACGUGCACUGUGAGCCCCAACAAACAGUGAGGAGGAAUUUGGCGAAGCAGACAUUCCUCUGGCUCUGGAGGUGAAAACGUUUUUUUUUAUGUGGAGAUUCCUUGAAGGGGCCUUGUAAAAGGGAGGAGGAGUGAGGCUGAUUCAAACCCUGGGAGAGUUCGGACUCCCGUGUUUACAUAUUGCUUCACUGGCUUGAGGCUAACGGACGAUUGAGUAAUUGCUGUAUUGAUUAGUGUAAUGAAUUUAAUUGCCAGCAGUCACCUCAUCAUUUUACUAUCACAGUUCCAUAAUAGAGAAAUAUCCUUUAAAAGGGUCAAUAUUGAUGCUGCAAAGGCCAAGAUAUUCUGAUUUAGUCUCUAGUAUUGGUUAAGGCCCCCAAAUCACUGCAUCCUAUAUUUCCCAUAAUGCAACUCAUCAGUGUCUUUCAUUAGCCCAUCCUGCUAAGAACCAUUCCCAGAGCAGUAUCAUCAUUCUUUUAGAGUGGUGUUAAAAUACACAAAUCUUUCAAAGUCUUUACAAUUCUUAAAGAUUUAACGUGAACACUACAGUUUGACAAAGAUAUCUACAUCUCAUGGCCUUCUUCCACAGGUUUAAUUUUCUCAAUCAGGUUAAUGUAAGGUGGUUUUAUUCAACAUUAUAACGGUAAACAAAGUUUGAAUCCCUGUGUGUAAUAUGAAAGGUUUCAUCUCUAACUCCAAUUUCACUUCCCUCAACCUCUGCAAAGCAUGAUAUGUUCUUUCAGCUCAUUGUUUUGGUUUUAGUGCCUGCAUCUGUCUUAUCGGAGCGCAGUCCUGCUGCAACAGUACACUGUGUUCAGAACAGAGCCCACUGCACUCUACAUGCACCAAACCGCACAGAGACUAACAGCAGCUUGCUGAUGGACACAUAUAGGAGCGCUCUGCAGAACUGGAGGUUGCAUGUGGAGAGCAUAGAUGGACCUAAAAGGACAGUUUGACUUGGUUGAUUUAGCUCUUUGACUGUUGUGUGUGUACAUAUGCAGGUGUUUGCUAACAAGUUUCACUUGUCAACUUUUGGAGGUGAUGACAUGUGUCAGUGUUGAAUUCACAGGUCGAUUCCAAACUGGCAAAGAAUAUGUAGUAAUGUAGGUUGAGAUUGGUGAACUUACCAAGAGAGCUGUGGAAAGAAACUCCAAAAGUAAGUGAGUCAAUAAGUUUGGUUUAAUUCAAUGUUACAUUAGUUAAAUAGUUCAAUGAAACCGAGGCUUUUAGGUCAGUGAAAGCAAAGAACCAAAAUGACCCCAAGCACGUCUUCAGACCAGUUUUCACCCCUGUCUGUUUGUUUGUUUGCUUUAAACAUAAUUACUCAAAAAUAACCAAAUAGAUUUCAGCGACAAUGAACACUUAAAAAUGUUGGUGUGGUCAGAUCAGGGGUCAGACCAAGGUCAUUUUUUAUUUCACUUUCAAUAGAAGACUGUUCAUUUUCCACCAUUUUUUCAUUUUCACUGAUUUCUUAGAGAACAUUUUGUUGAUUUAGAUAAUCACCAUAAAUCUGUGAGGUUUAGGCGACUGAUAUCCAUGAGUUUGAAAAGUUUGUUGCAGCUUGACUGGAUUCAAGGGGGCUGUUGGGCUUUGGUGGAGUCAUGUCGUCAACUGGGCGCCAUUCUAGAUCUUUAGUGGAAUGAAAGAGUACAUAUAAAAAGUUGCUAGGUGCUUAUUUCUUGUUGCAUUCCCCUUAAACAACAUUGUCAU